AUGUCAUCAGGAGGGGAUUCGUUACCAAAGCGUGCUCCGGAGAAGCAGGAAGAGCAAGGCAACAAUGCACCUGCAGUCGGCAUAAGGGGGCGAGUCAAGCACGUUACCUGGGCAUGGUUCCUGUCGACAAUGUCAACAGGAGGACUCUCGAUCGCACUGGCAGAGACGCCACAUAAAUUCCACGGACUUUACACCAUCGGCCUCAUCAUCUUCCUCUUCGACCUCUGUCUGUUCACACUUCUGUGUGUCUGCAUGCUGGCGCGAGCCGUGCUACACUUCCACCACUUCAAGAAAUCGUUCACCCACCCAGCAGAGUCCUACUUUCUAGGCUCAUUCUACCUCAGCAUAAGCGUUAUCAUAGGUUCAGUUCAACUCUACGGCGUCACAUAUGGCCCCGGCUACCCGUGGCUCAUCUCCACCAUCAAUGUCCUGUACUGGAUAUACGCAGCUGUCUCACUUCUCAACUCACUCCUCCAGUACUACGUCCUCCUUGCAUACAGCGCAGUCCGUCCGGUCCCCUUCCUCCCAAGCGCGUUCUUGGUGGGCUACUCGGCGAUGCUGACAGGGACGAUAUCCUCGCUCAUCGCAGGACACCAGCCUCCAGGUCGAGCAACUGCGAUCAUCAUAUCCGGAUGCGCAUAUCAAGGCUUUGGGUGGAUCAUAUCGCUCAUAUGCACCGCGUUUGUCAUCAAGAACCUCAUGGAGAACGGUCUGCCACCAGCGCAUCUGCGUCCAGGCUUAUUCAUACCAGUAGGUGCAGGAGCAUACACCAUAGUAGCCCUGAUUGGGCAGGCAAAUGCCAUACCAGAGACGUACGGAUACUUCGCUGCUCACCCCGCGGCCAAGAGCAUAUUGCAGACGAUUGCACUGUUCGGCGGCAUCUUCCUGUGGCUGUUUUCCUUCUGGAUAUUUGCAAUCGCAGUCAUGGUGAAUGCCAGUGUAAUGGGCAAAAUGCCGUUUGCGCUUACGUGGUGGGCUUUCAUCUUCCCAAAUGUUGGGUUCACUUUGUCCACGGUCAUGGUUGGAAGAGAAUUGGGAAGCGAAGUGAUACUGUGGGUGGGCAGUGUAAUGACGGCGCUUCUGGUUGCCAUUUGGUGGGUCGCGUUCGUUGGCUGCGUGCGAGCAGUGUGGUUGAAGCGCAUCGUUUGGCCAGGGAAGGAUGAAGACAAGGAUCGAUAG